AUGGAAGCUAAUUUGAAAGAUAAAAAGCAUUUAGAUGGAUUAGUGUUGAAUUGGGGCGACAAAUUUGGAAGGUGCAAUGAAAAUGAGGACUCAAUAAUAGAAAGAAAAGUGUUGGAGGCUCUUCAACCAAAUGAAAAUUUAAAAAAGCUUUCUGUUUUACGUUACGAUGGAACUAGCUUUCCAAGUUGGUUUGGAGGUUCUCAUUUGCUUAAUUUAGUGUCCAUUGUCUUGACCGAAAGCAAAUUCUGCUUUAUCUUGCCACCGUUUGGGCAACUUCCCUCGCUGAAGGAGCUUUCCAUAUCAUGCUUUUAUGGAAUAGAGGUUAUUGGUCCUGAGUUUUGUGGUAAUGAUUCCUCAAAUAUUCCUUUUAGAUCUCUUGAAAUUUUGAAAUUUGAGGAAAUGAGUGCAUGGAAAGAAUGGUGUAGUUUUCAAGGUCACAGUGGGGAAGAUCAAUGUUUGUCUUAUCUUAAAGAGCUUUGUGUGAAGCGUUGUCCUUUAUUGAGAAGGACCCUACCUCCACACCUUCCUUCUCUCCAAAAAUUGGUAAUUUGUGAAUGCCAACACUUGGAGAGUUCAAUUCCCAAGGCUACUAGUAUUCAUGAGAUUAAGUUGGGUGGGUGUGAAAAAGUUUUACUAAACAAUUUACCUACCAACUUGAAAAAGGUAACAAUUCAAGGAACUUGCAUCAUUCAGUCCUGGCUCCAGCAAAUUAUUGUUAACAAUGUCUUCCUUAAAGUGUUGAAAAUACAUGACUUUCAUGGUCCAAGUCUAAAAUGGUUCUCUUUGGAUUUGCAUAAAUAUGAUUUUCUGGACACUAUCUCCGUAACAAGAUGGUACUCUUCCUCUUUUCCUUUUGCACUACACUUGUUUUCCAAUCUUCAUUCUCUACUUUUUCAUGAUUGUCCACAUCUUGAGUCAUUUCCUAAGGGAGGUUUGCCUUUGAGCCUGCGAAAACUCGAAAUUGAGGAAUGCCCUAAGCUGAUUGCUUCUAGGGAGGAGUGGGGAUUGUUCAAGCUUCAUUCUCUCAAAGAGUUUAGUGUUAGUGGUGACUUUGAAAGCGAAGAGUCUUUCCCUGAGGAUAGGUUGCUACCACCCUCUCUUACUGAGUAA